GGCCACAUUGGGAACGUCACAUCGAGAACUAAGAGCCGUUUCGUGCAAAAGGAAAACAGAGGAAUUCUUGACAAGUUCUUGACAAUUUGUGACAACGUUCACGACUAAAAGAACGAUGCUAAGGCAAAUUCGAAGAGACACACAAAUGGAAAUUGUAGCAACAGUGGUGAGAUUCGUAUGCAAAAGUUUCUUAUUUCUUCUCUAUUGUUUAUUCGGUCCGUUUUUCAAACUGCGAACUCUGAAGAAGCGACAACAAUGCACGUCAAUCGACAAUCAAAUUUUGUUGCUAUCAGCGACGAAAAUUGCGCAGAAAAUUCGCAUGAAAAAAAUUCGUUGCGAGGAGGUGAUUGUCGCUUAUGUGGAGCGAUGCAAGGAAGUAAAUCCGGUGCUCAACGCGGUUGUAGAAAAUCGUUACGAGACCGCUCUUCGAGAGGCGCGCGAGAUCGACGAUUUUUUGAAAUCGACGACGAUAAACGAAACGAGAAUCGCCCACGAAAAGCCGCUACUGGGAGUACCCAUCACGAUUAAGGAGAGUAUUGCUGUUCAAGGAAUGAGCCACUCCGUGGGAAUGAAGGAAAGCUCUCCGUCGAGAGCGACGCGCGAUGCCGAUGUUGUGAUGAGGAUUCGCGAGGCCGGUGGCAUCCCUCUUCUCGUCAGCAACACGCCAGAGCUGUGUCUGUGGUGGCACACGUUCAACAAAGUGACCGGCGCUACCAGAAACCCUUACGACACACGGAGAACUCCCGGCGGCUCUUCCGGUGGUGAGGCUGCCCUUUUGGGUGCUGGCGCUUCUCUUUUGAGCUUAUGUUCGGACAUUGCUGGAUCAGCCAGGCUCCCGGCGAUGUUCUGCGGUGUUUUUGGCCACAAACCUACUCCCAAUUGGGUCUCGGUAGAGGGCCACAAACCUGGUUCAACUGACGUAAAUUGGCCCUCCUACUUCGCGAUAGGUGUAAUGGUCAGAUACGCUAUCGAUCUGCCUCUCGUGUUAACAGCGAUAUCGCAAUCUAACGAGGCUAGAAUUGGCUUCAACAAAAAGGUGCGUCUGAAAGAUAUGAGAUUUUUUUACAUGACCAACAGCGGCUCGAUCGUCACAAAUUCACCGGAUAGCGAUAUGAAGAAUGCGAUUCACAAGUUGGUAAAAUAUCUGGAAACUACACAUGGUGUUAAAGUGCAAAAAACAAAUUUCGAAAACAUGAGGUCGGCUUUCGAAAUAAGUACAACUAUUUUGCUCAGACUCGAAAAUACAUACUCGAUGUUCAACCGUUCAGACGAUCCUAAAAAGUCGAAAAACGCGUUUUUGGAGACGCUCAAGUAUAUCUUCUUCCAGUCGUCGUACACAUAUCCCGCUCUGCUUUAUGGGUUGCUGAAGAACAUCGGCGAACGAUUUCCGCGUUCGUAUUAUAACACAAUGAUUGAGAAGAAGAUGCAGUUGAAGCAGCAAUUUGAAAAGAUGCUAGGCAAUAACGGUGUGCUGAUCUAUCCGUCGUUCAUCUCGUCGGCGCCUUAUCCUCACGAGAUUAUGUAUAACGCGUGCAAUUUCACGUAUCUCAUGAUCUUUAACACGCUUGGACUUCCGGUCACACAAUGCCCGCUGGGUUUCGACAAGAACCGACUGCCGAUUGGACUUCAAAUCGUUGCGAAUCCAGGCUGCGACCAUUUAACGAUUGCUGUCGCGCAAGAAAUCGAAAGGGCGUUCGGCGGUUGGCAGGAACCAUCGUUGGUAGAAAAGAAGUCGUACAAUGCAGCGUAACUUCCCGGAGAAUUUAUCUCACCUUCGAUCAUCUAGCGUUAUUUUCUAUAAAAACAAUAAAAAUCGAUCGUAUGUGAAACAUGGUAAAAUCUGCCAGGAGAUGAAAUCUAUCAUAAUCUGAUUGAAAUUUACAGCAAAAUUUCUGAACAACGGGAGAGAUGACAAAAAAAGAAAAAACCACUACAUACUACCGAGCUUGUGUAUUUGCGAUUUUAGAACAGCGUAGAGAAAAAUAAUUUUAUAGCACAGCUCAUUGUCAUACGCUGUGUCGUCGUAAAUUCUGUCGUUGUUAUGUUAACUGCGAAACGAUUCAUUGGGGAUAUCCUCGAAACAGCGUUUACCACAAUUUGUAAAGUUUAUCCUGAAAAUAAUACAAUGUGACUCUUAAUAAUUAACUUUAGUCAAGAGUACGCGCAAUAUGAUUUAGCAAAAAGAUUGAAUCUCCGGCUUCCGCCAAAUAUAUGAAAAGUAAAAUUCUCAAGUCUCGUAUUAGAGCUCGUCGUAGAGCUUCGCGCGCGCAGUACAAUAUAUGAAAUUGCGUAUAUUUCAACAUAAUUUAUGGAAAUAUUAUUUUUUACAUAGUUGUAAUAAUGAAUAUGUUGUAAGUGUAUUAUAAUAUUCAUUGUGAGAAACACAAUAAAUCCGUAUAUAUUUUCUA